AUCCCAGGCGCAAAAAGAUUUUCCCGCCCUUGCGAGCCACUCACGCGGUCACGCCGCUGGGCCAGCGGGCGUCCGAGUACACUCUGUACCUGACAGGCGAUAGCUCGCCUCCCGCCUGUCCGCUUCGGGGCACUGGCGCCGAGCGCUGGUUGCCCUGAUUAGGGUCGCAGUUGAUGAGCAGGCACUCUGCCAGAUCUGGGGCGAGAUGGACGUGCGGGGCCGAAUAUCACUGAGAGCAUUACAUCUCGCUGAGGGGAACCGAAGCUAAGAACCUGGGCAAUGCGGGACGAGCUCGGGGAAGGGCGGGCUCUGCCCGAACGGUCACUUAUAAGAUGGGAGUGGCUUGCCUCGGAAACUGGUCCAGUACGGCUCGGACGACAUCGGUCAGGGGCAACAUCCCAAUUCCCCCAGCUACACGACGUGGACUCUACCCGCUUGGAAGUUCCACUAACAGCUAGUACCGGACGAAGUCGCCCAUCAUGACGACGCUCCGCACCUUUGCGCUGCUCGCGGCGACGGUGCUUGCCCGGGUCGAGGCCAUCGAGGCCGCCGACUGGGAUGCCGCUCAGUCAUCCGCCGAGGCCGCGCUGGCUAAGAUGUCGCAGCAGGACAAGGUCAACAUUGUCACUGGUGUUGGGUGGGACAAGGGGCCCUGCGUCGGCAACACGCCCGCCAUCAGCUCGAUCAACUACCCGCAGUUGUGCCUUCAGGACGGCCCCCUAGGCAUCCGCUUCGGCACCGGCUCGACGGCCUUCACCCCUGGUGUACAGGCGGCGUCGACAUGGGAUACCGAGCUGAUCCGCCAGCGCGGCGAGUUCCUCGGAGAGGAAGCCAAGGGAUGCGGCAUCCACGUGAUGCUCGGCCCCGUGGCGGGUGCCCUCGGCAAGAUCCCGCACGGUGGGCGCAACUGGGAGGGGUUCGGGGUGGACCCUUACCUGGCGGGCAUCGCCAUGGCGGAGACAAUCGAGGGGAUGCAGUCGGCGGGGGUGCAGGCGUGCGCCAAGCACUACAUCGUCAACGAGCAGGAGCUGAACCGCGAGACCAUCAGCAGCGACGUCGACGACCGUACCAUGCACGAGCUGUACCUGUGGCCGUUCGCGGACGCGGUGCACGCCAACGUGGCCAGCGUCAUGUGCAGCUACAACAAGAUCAACGGGUCGUGGGCGUGCGAGAACGACCACGCGCAGAACGGCCUGCUCAAGAAGGAGCUCGGGUUCAAGGGGUUCGUCGUCAGCGACUGGAACGCGCAGCACACGACCGACGGGUCGGCCAACAACGGCAUGGACAUGACGAUGCCGGGCAGCGACUACAACGGCAACAACGUCCUCUGGGGUCCCCAGCUCACCAGCGCCAUCAACAGCAACCGCGUGUCGGGGGAGCGCGUCGACGACAUGGCCAAGCGCAUCCUCACGACGUGGUACCUGCUGGGUCAGGACGCGGGUUACCCAGCCAUCAACAUCGACGCCAGCGUGCAGGGCAACCACAAGGAGAACGUGCGGGCGGUGGCGCGCGACGGCAUCGUGCUGCUCAAGAACGACGAGGGCGUGCUGCCGCUGCAGAAGCCCGGAAAGAUCGCGCUGGUCGGGUCGGCGGCCGUGGUCAACCCGGACGGCGCGAACGCGUGCGUCGACAAGGGCUGCAACACGGGCGCGCUCGGCAUGGGCUGGGGCUCCGGGUCGGUCAACUACCCCUACUUCGUGUCGCCGCACGAUGCGCUCAAGGCCCGGGCCGAGGCGGACGGCGCCACGGUCAGCCUGCACAGCUCGGACCAGACCAACGGGGUGGCCGGAGUGGCAUCGGACGCGGACGUCGCCAUCGUGGUGAUCACGGCGAAUUCGGGCGAGGGAUACAUCACGGUCGAGGACCACGCGGGCGACCGCAACCACCUCGACCCGUGGCACAACGGCAACGAGCUGGUGAAGGCGGUGGCGGCGGCCAACAAGAACACCAUCGUCGUGGUGCACAGCACGGGGCCCAUCAUCCUCGAGGAGAUCCUGGCGACGGAGGGAGUCAAGGCCAUCGUGUGGGCCGGCCUGCCCAGCCAGGAGAACGGCAACGCGCUGGUCGACAUCCUGUACGGCCUGGCCUCGCCCUCGGGCAAGUUGGUCUACUCCAUCGCCAAGAGCGCCGAGGACUACGGCACCUCGGUCGUCAGCGGCGGCGAGGACGACUUUUCUGAGGGCCUGUUUGUCGACUACCGCCACUUUGACAACGCCGACAUCGAGCCGCGGUACGAGUUCGGCUUCGGUCUGUCCUACACCGAGUUCACCUACGAGGAGCUCUCCGUCACAUCGACCGUCACGGCCGGCCCCGCAUCAGGCGAGACGAUCCCCGGCGGCGCGGCAGACCUGUGGGAGACGGUGGCGACGGUGACGGCGUCGGUGACGAACAGCGGCGAGGUGGAGGGCGCCGAGGUUGCGCAGCUGUACAUCACGCUGCCGGCGGAUACCCCCUCGACGCCGCCCAAGCAGCUCCGCGGGUUCGCCAAGCUCAAGCUUGAGCCCGGCGCGUCGGGUGUCGCCACCUUCAACCUGCGCCGCCGCGACCUCAGCUACUGGGACGCCAGCGCCGCGCAGUGGGUGGUGCCCGCGGGGGAGUUUACGGUUUCCGUUGGGGCGAGCUCGCGCGAUGUGCGCUUGACGGGGAGCUUGACUGCCUAAGUGUGAAAUCGGCGCGACUUCAGACUUUUCGGUUUGGUUGGUGGUCAGCUGUAUCUCACUUUGAUGGUGUUGUGAAUAAAAUAAAAUUUGAUGUUCAUGGAAACCAGGAAAAC